UAAAAACAUAACGUGGAGCGACAUUCUGGGGAACCUCAGGUCAUCAUCGCCUCCGACUCACCGUACUUCCUCCGCCUCACUCCUCCCUUCCCCAUCAACACCACAACCUACAUCCCACAGCACAUCCACCAUGCUCGCCUCAACGCGAACCGCGCUGCGUCAAGCUGCGUCCAAGCAGCUCACUGUCAAGGCCGGCGCCAGGUCCGUCUCGGCCUGGUCGCAAGUGCCUCAGGGCCCUCCAGUGAGUAUCACCGAAGCUUUCAAGGCCGACAGCAACCCCGAGAAGAUCAACUUGGGUGUCGGCGCCUACCGUGACGAUAAGGGCAAGCCGUUCGUGCUGCCGUCCGUCAAGCAGGCCGAGCAGAAGAUUGUACAGGCGAACUUGGACAAGGAGUAUGCUGGCAUCACCGGUGUGCCUGCCUUCACCAAGGCUGCUCUCGAGCUCGCCUACGGCCCCGACUCUGCGCCCAUCAAGGAAGGCCGCGUCGUCAUCACCCAGUCCAUCUCCGGUACUGGAGCUCUGCGCAUUGGUGGCGCCUUCCUCGAGCGCUUCUACCCGGGCGCAAAGACCAUCUACAUCCCUAACCCGUCGUGGGCGAAUCACAACGCUGUGUUCAAGGACUCUGGCCUGAAGGUUGAGAAGUACCGAUACUACAACAAGGACACCAUCGGCCUUGACUUCGAGGGCAUGCUUGCUGACUUGAAGUCGAUACCCAAGGGCAGCAUUGUCCUGCUCCACGCCUGCGCUCACAAUCCCACUGGUGUCGACCCUACUGAGGACCAGUGGAAGCAGAUCGCCACCGCCGUCAAGGAGGGCGAGCACUUUCCUUUCUUCGACAUGGCUUACCAGGGCUUCGCCAGUGGCAACACUGACAAGGACGCCUUCGCUCUGCGUCACUUCAUCAAGGAGGGUCUCCGCCCUGUGCUCGCUCAGAGCUUCGCCAAGAACAUGGGUCUCUACGGCGAGCGUGUCGGAGCCUUCUCUGUUGUAUGCGAGACUGCCGAAGAGAAGAAGCGCGUUGAUUCGCAGAUCAAGAUCCUCGUGCGACCGCUCUACUCCAACCCCCCGGUUCACGGUGCUCGCAUCGCAUCCGAGAUUCUGAACGAUCCCGCGCUGAACAAGCAGUGGUUGGGUGAGGUCAAGGACAUGGCCGACCGCAUCAUUACCAUGCGUGCGCUCCUCAAGGAGAACUUGGAAAAGCUGGGCAGCAAGCACGACUGGAGCCACAUCACCUCCCAGAUCGGCAUGUUCGCCUACACUGGUCUGAAGCCCGAGCAGAUGGAGGCCCUUGCUAAGGAGCACUCCGUCUAUGCUACGAAGGACGGCAGGAUUUCCGUCGCUGGUAUCACCUCUGGCAACGUCAAACGCCUUGCUGAGUCGAUCUACAAGGUCACUGGGUAAAGAGAAGCGGCAACCGGCGAUGAUAACGUCCGGUUCAUCGUUCGGUGCGGCAUAUAGCACGGCGUAGUGUGCACUGUACUUUUAUGUUCUAGUUCCACGUACAGCGGCUAGACUGUACAUUGUCCGGCUAAAAUGAAUUCUUCUACCACA